AUUCGCCUCUCGGGCACGGCAGACGACUCUUUACGACCGGUGACGUGGGUGGGUGACCACUGCUCAUGACAGAGAGAGGUGUCGGAAAACCAUGGACACCCGAGGAAGAUAGUCUCCUCAAGGCUGCUGUCAGCCGGUACGGCGACCGCGACAAUUGGAAGAAUGUUGCCACUCUUGUCCCGGGCAGGACGAACAAGGCCUGCAGAAAGCGGUGGCUCCAUUCAUUGAGCCCGAAUGUCAAGAAAACACCGUGGACCCCGGAGGAGGAUGAGCUCCUGCUGAAACUUUACGCCCAAUACCCUGAAAAAUGGUCAAUUAUAGCAAGGCAGAUUACCGGCAGGACAGACGAUGCUUGCUCCAAGAGAUACCGCGAGGCGCUGGAUCCCUCACUCAACAAGGGCGAUUGGACCGCAGAAGAAGACGAAAGACUCUAUGCUGCAUACUUGAGCACCGGGGGGAAAUGGCGGGAGAUAGGCAAGUUGCUCAACCGAUCGGGCCUGGCAAGUCGCAAUAGAUGGAGGAUGCUCGAGAGGAAAAAAGCAUCCACCGCACAGCGGCGUGGACAGUCGAGCACUGUGGCGUUACCAUCGGUGCCAUCCAUGUCGUCUAUCCCCCAGCCGAUUGACCAGGCUUUGGCCGAUCCGUCGACCUGGGAGCAUAUAGCUUACAUGAACUCCGAAGCCUAUUGGGAGCCCGAGACGGCAUAUCCUUCCCCCUAUCAUAUGCAAGAAAGCCUUCCCGACAGCUUCGUUCACCAAGAAGCUGUUUACCCGGAAUAUUCGCCUGCCCAGACUCAAGUUGUUCCCGAAACGUUCUGCAGUCCCAACCAACGAUCGCCACAGCCGUUGCCUCCGUUUAACUAUGCAUCAUCGUCUCUCAGUUCAGCUCUAUCACUUCCCAAUGCAUCUCCUUCCACAUCUUAUCUACCCACGCCUGAAUCUACUCGAUCUGUGGAGCUGCGCAAGCUCAUACUAGACUCUAGUUUCGAAACACCUCCCUCCGUAACUCAGCCCACCGAUUCAGGAUCAACAGCUAUCGUGGACCUUCCUCUUACAACGCAUCAUAGCCCCGAUCUAUCUUCCUUAGGUUCGACCGAAAUCUCAGUCCCGGUCCCGUUUCCAGACUCGCCACAGCUCUCCUCGCAUGGAGAAGCAGAUACCAUUGUUUCACCACACCCUAGUAUCGAUACGGACACGGAUGCUUAUCCUACCCCCUUAUCCUCUCCGGUGGGAGAAUACCCCGCCGAAGUCUCUGACACCGCCUCUCCUUCUCCGUCUACCACCGAUCAGCGUCCUGAAGGCUACUACCGCACACCUCAGCAGAAGAGAAAGAUGCUCGUUGAAGCAAAGCCUGCUACGGCUCGCAAGAAGACGAGGGUGGAGGGUCCUCCUCCGCGACUAUCAGCUAAUCUUCCCGUAAUGGCAGACCAUAGCAUCAAAGCCUAUGUCUGUGGUUUCGAGAGAUGCUGGCCGAGGACCGCGGAAAUGAGCAACGUGUGCUACGCGACCUCCCAAGAGUUACUGGACCACUGGAAAGUGGAACACAUUGACGAUGCGACUUGCGAAAGGCCCUUCAAAUGCGGCAUUGCCGAUUGUGGGAAAGGAUGGAAGAGCAUCAAUGGUCUCCAGUAUCACUUGCAAAUAUCGCGAGUACACUUUCAGCAGGCUGUGACUGCCAAGUUGCUCAGUGAACGGCAAUCUACCGAUUCGCCUGCGGACGAUGUUUCAUCGGAAGCACCGAAGAAAAGAGUUUAUCGCUGUACACAGCCUAGUUGCCCCAAUCAGUACAAGCAACUCAGUGGUCUCAAGUACCACCUUGCUCAUGGUCAUAGCCAGGCGCAGCAGUUACCCACUCAGCUGGAUAUGCUCCCGCCUGCGUUAGCCAAGAAGGUGGAACAGCAGAUACAGAACGACAUUGUUUCGACCGCAUGAUGGCACUGUAACGUUCGCUGUAAGCUGGGACAUUUGACGGACUGGAGGUUUGUUAUGUUGUAGCAUUUAGAUUCUGGAGUCUACGCCUUCAAGCGGUGUUUGCAAGCUACACUAUGUAUUCUGGACAUCCUGGUGGUGUCGUAUUAGUUAUACUACGCCUUCAACGGCGAGAAGGGCUGUGUAGAUGUUUU